AUGGAUUCAUGCCUUUUGUUGUCUCUGAAGCUAAACCCAUGCUCCAGUCCCCUCUAUCCUUUCUCACCAUACUCGUAUUCUCCACUGCUCCGUCUCUCCUCUUACUACCCCCGCCGCUUCUCCUCUCCGUUCACCAUUACCGCCGCCAAGAAAACUUCCCAAAGCACACCUUCUGAAUUUGAUGAGAGAAUCAACGGCGCUUUCUCUCCCGGUUCUGAUUCCCGCUUCCUCGACCGUGCAACUCCUUAUUCUUCUUCUUCUUAA